AUGGCGCCAGUAUUCAACGUGUCAAUCAAUCCGAACCGGGACGCGAGAUGUCUACGCGCAGCUCGUGAACGCCUCCCUCUCUGCACACUCCUCGACCGCCUCCCACAAGAACUGUUCGAUCAGAUCAAGACCGCUGUGUUCGACUACGAUACGCACGAGGAUGUCGGAUCAAUCAAUGCAUCUGUCACCGUCGAGAACACCUACACGCCACCUUCAUUCCUACAAGUGAACAGUCAGACCCGUCUGAUCGCCAGCCGCGAGUUUUAUGGCAACACGCGCUUUGUCUUCCUCGAUCUCGACAUCUUCUCCAAAUGGCUCAUUUCCCUGCCUGUGAUUCAUACCARGACAUUACGGGAUGUGCGCUUCCUCGCCGCUGAGCAGCAUUUGCCCGAGGGAGAGCUGGAUGAAUCGAAGGUCGCCGUGCCCACGGAUGUUGAUGAAUCCGAAAAUACUCCAGAAUGCCUCCAGGGUCCCAGCCACGCCGACUCUUCGAUGGCGUUUAUCAAGACCUACAGGGGCGAAGAAUUGAGGAUUUUUAUCCUUUCAACGGUGAUCCAAGCGUGCGAGCAGACGCCAAAACUCUACAUCAGAUUCAUAUCUCAACUAUUUUGA